UAUAGAGAUGUAUUGUAUAUAAAUAUCAAUUAUCGUCUUAUUUGAGAGAAGUGAACAACUAAACAAACAGUAUGGACGUCUCCAAAUUGUUAUUGAUUUGCACUUUUCUCGCCUGCGCUGGUUUGAGUACCCAAACAUCACCUGAAGUAAAUUUAACAAUUUAUUAUGAAACUUACUGUGGCCCAAGUCGACAAAUGAUAGAAGAUAUCCUGAUACCUGCAUAUGCCAAGCUGGGAGAUAUUCUUAAAUUAAACUUAGUCUCUUAUGGAGGAGCAAUGUACAUGAUACAUUCGAAUGGGUCAAUCGAAUUCAAAUGCAGCCAUGGCCACUAUGAAUGCUUUGUAAACCGAAUUCAUGCUUGUGCUAUCAAUUUAUCUCCACCACAAGCACAGCUAUUAAAAUUCAUUGAGUGUGACCUCAGAAAAUCAAUGUUCAAUACAAAUGAUGAACUUUUAGAAUUCGCAAAAGAAUGUGCCGAUGACAGCAAUUUACCUUACGAUGAUAUUGAACAAUGUGUCAAUGGCUCACUUGGGGACGAGGUAUUAUUGUCAUUUGCAGACGAACAAGCUAAGGCUAUACCUAAUCCAUACUACAGUCCUGAUUUCAGAUUUUUUGAUAUAUUUGAAAGUAAUCAAGAUAUAUUUACCGUAGAAGCUUUUAUUCAGCACACCUGUAGUUUUAUAGAAGGUGAAAAACCUACAGUGUGUCAAAAAAAUAUAAAAUUAUAGAAAGAUUUUAUUCACCGUUAUAAAAUUUUAGCACGUGAAUAAUUUGUAUUCAUUCGUAUGCUUAUCGGGCAAACUUUUAGAAGUAUAAUACAUUAAAUAUUGCUACAUUAA